GCGAUGCCCAGUGUGAGAGAAGCCGCCUGCGCCGCCGGUCCUCUCGGCUCCCCCAUCCUUCUGUCAGGCGGAAGUUACCGUGCGCCGCUACUUCUACACCUUCUACACCACAGCGGCAGCAACAACCUUCCGACUUUAGGGCCGUCGGGUUCCGUAGCGUGAGCAGCAGCAUCAGAGAGGAGCGCAAUCAUGUGGGAGUCUAAGCGGGUGCGGCUGCUGUUCAUGUUGGCCCUGACCUUCAUCUUCUUCGUGGUGGAGGUGGUGGUGAGCCGAGUGACCGCUUCCCUGGCGAUGCUCUCCGACUCCUUCCACAUGUUGUCCGACGUCAUCGCCCUGUCUGUGGGGCUGGUAGCGGUGCGAUUCGCUCAGAAGACUCACUCGACGGACAAGAACACGUUCGGCUGGAUCCGGGCCGGGGUGAUGGGGGCGCUGGUCAAUGCCGUGUUCCUCACCGCCCUGUGCUUCACCAUCGUGCUGGAGGCCAUCGAGCGAUUCACCGAGCCUCAGGCCAUCGAGCAGCCGCUGGUAGUGAUGGGGGUCGGGGCCGGAGGGCUGCUCAUUAACCUCAUAGGCCUGUGUAUGUUCCGCGACAGCGCGGGGGCAGGACACGGACAUUCCCACGGGGGAGGAGGAGGAGGCCACGGACACUCGCACGGGCCCAAGAAGUCGCACCGGGAGCGAUCGGCGGCAGAAAGAGCGGCCAUAGACCGGGAGGAGACCAACAUCCUGGUGGAGAAUUACGGCAACUCGCAUGCGGCGGGAUCGGAGGGGACGCCGAGAAAACACGAUGCCUCGGCAGAGAAUACGGUAGCCACACGAGUGAAUGGAAACGUUGUUGAAAACCACUUGUCAGAAUUCCAAGAAGAUGGUACUCAGCUUAAUAUGCGUGGGGUGUUCCUGCACGUGCUUGGAGAUGCAUUAGGCUCCGUCAUCGUGGUGUUUAAUGCUUUGAUAUUUUACUUGGUUUUUAAUCCUUGUCAAGAUGAUGAAAACUGCGUUAAUCCUUGUGUAGAGAGCCACUGCGAUACAAAAGUCAAUGUUUCUUCUGUCUUGACUCCUUCUUCAAAUAACAGCUCUCCGCCUCCUGAAAUACAAGUUGCGGGACCUUGCUGGGUGCUUUACCUAGAUCCAUCUCUGUGUGUGAUCAUGGUGUUUAUACUUCUGUACACCACCUACCCGCUUCUGAAAGAGUCCGCUCUGAUUCUCUUGCAAACCGUUCCUAAGCAAAUCGACAUAUCGUCCUUGAAGCAGAAACUGAAAAACCUAGACGGCGUCGAAGCCGUCCAUGAGCUCCACGUCUGGCAGUUAGCCGAAAGCCGUAUCAUUGCCACCGCGCACAUAAAAUGCCACGAUCCUGCUGCGUACAUGGAUGUGGCUAAACGUAUUAAAGACUUCUUUCAUGAUGAAGGCAUCCAUGCCACCACCAUCCAACCGGAAUUUUCAAGCGUGGAAUCGGGCUCGAGGAUUUCCCUGUGUGAGCUGUCCUGCAGAACUCAGUGCGCGCCAAAGCAGUGUUGCGGGAGCACGGAAAAUAACGUUUUGGGAAAGAAGCCGGUUUGUGGCUCUGCCUCUUUCUCCAGUCUAGGAAUGAUCAGUGAAUCUCCCGAGCAUAAUCAAAAAAGGACUAAUUCUUCCGAGAAUCCUAGCGACGAGCUGCAAAUAAAUGUAGACCCCAGCGUUUGAUGAUCCGUAUAUAAGACUAAUGUUGCUUUAUUUCAUGACAUUUUAGUUUUCUUACCUUUUUUGGACACUGAUUUACACGCCACGUGAAAGGAAACCUGAACGGGCUAGUUUUUAUGAUGUAACGUUAAAACCAAUUCCGCUUGCCAGGACUGUUCUGCCAUUGAAUUGACAUGCGUAGGCAUUUUUAUGUCGUUGUUACAAUUUUAUAUUUUGUUUCACCCAGAACCACACACGCCUUACGGUGUAAAAAUACGUACUGAAUAGUAUCUGCAGUCUCUUAUUAGAGAGGUUUUUUUUUUUAUUUUUUACAUAUUUACUUAAUUUAUCUCUAGCUGCUGAUCCUUGCUCAUCUCUUUGCUGAACAGUGUAUGAGUGAUUUAUAAUACGCCUUUGCUUCUCGAUGAUGAUCGCUUAUGUUGCCUGAGUACUUGUGCAGCAACUGAUUGUAUUUUAGCUACAUACUACAUGGCUGCUGCUGCCUUUCUGGUACAGCAGCUUCUGUCUGCCUGGGAAAUCACAAAUGACAACUAAUUCUGUUGGCUGCUGUACACUCAUACCUUUAAAAUAUAAAACAUUUUCCCAAGUUA